AUCAUCAUCACCUUUCAAUAAUUUCAUUAACCUUUGAGAUUACAAUGGCCAAUAACAAUAACAAUAACAAUAAUCCUCUGCAACUCAAGUCAUUGAAUCACAUCUCCUUGCUGUGUGGAUCAGUGGACAAAUCUAUUGAUUUCUACGUCAAUAUUCUUGGCUUCUGCCCCAUUCAGAGGCCUACUUCCUUUGACUUCAACGGUGCAUGGUUAUUCAAUUAUGGCAUUGGCAUACACCUCCUCCAAUCAGAAGAUCCAGAGGGCAUGCCCAAGAUUCUUCAGAUUAAUCCCAAGGACAACCACAUUUCUUUCCAAUGUGAAAGCAUAGCAGCAGUGGAGAGAAGAUUGAAGCAAAUGAAGAUUAAGUAUGUGAAGAACAUAGUAGAGGAAAAUGGGAUCUAUGUUGAUCAGCUAUUCUUCCAUGACCCAGAUGGAUGGAUGAUUGAGAUCUGCAACUGUGACAAACUCCCUGUGGUGCCAUUGUGCUCUUCUUCCUCUCCUUUCAAUUGCAAUAUCCCAAACCACCAUCUUCACCAACAAAUUCUCACAAUGGACCAACAGUGACAAACUUAUAUUAAUCUUAUUAAUUAAUGUACAUACAAAAGUGAUCAUUUGUUAAUUAUGAAUGUCAAAGUAAAA